AUGCAAGCCCACAGUGAUCAUCCUGACUUUGUCCUCUUUCCUCCACAAUAUAACAUCGAACGCGAAAUGUUGGCAUUCGAAUCGUCGAGACAGCAGCAGACUCCAUACUUCCAGCAUUUCACCAUGGAUCCCGCUUUAACCGAGCCCUUUACCUUUCACGUGGACCUGAGUGGCUUCGGACAAGGUCCCAAUUCCUCGCGUCUGCCCCAGUCAUCUCAUUAUGAUACCCCGUCGAUUGAUGCAUAUGCCGAUACCAAUAAAGUGACCAGCUACCCGCCGAUGCCGGCCACUCCACCCUCAGUCCCGAUCUCACAUUCCGAACCUUUCAUGCCUGGUCUUUCCACCGCCUCUGGCCCUUCAAUCGCAAGUGCUUCGUCUUCCGCUAUAGGCUCUCCCUACUCAGGAACUGCCCCGGCGAUUCACGAGAAUUGGGUCGACACGAAUCACGGUCUGGGGCUGCCGGCUGCGGUCAUGGGUGACCUCUUCCCGAAUGAAUACAUUGGGAACUCGCUGGACAUGGAAGGCUUCUAUUCAAAGAAGAACCCAGAUAACUAUGUUGAUCCUUCUUUGAUUGAGACAUUACAGCCCCAAACGAACAUUCCUCAAUCGUCUAUGCCAUACCCCGAGCAGCCGAACUACGGCUAUCAUGGGUUCCAUCCUCAGUCCCCCGAACUUCCCUAUCUUCCCCAAGCCGAGGAGUGCCAUACGAAGCAGGCAAUUGCACAGCAGCUCAAUCACAUCCCGACAUCUUCCCCUUUGAUCAAUGACCGGAGGUCCUCCAUCUCCUCUGAGCUCUCCCGUCGCUCACAGCUGAGCCCGGCUGCUAGCAACGCGGAUCUUGAUGAUGACACCAAGGAGAAGGGACGGUGCCCCCACCCUGACUGCGGACGCGUCUUCAAAGAUUUGAAGGCCCACUUGCUAACCCAUCGGUCGGAGAGGCCCGAGAAAUGCCCCAUUGUUAACUGUGAAUAUCAUAUCAAGGGCUUCGCCCGCAAAUAUGACAAGAACCGUCAUACUCUCAUCCAUUACAAGGGAACAAUGGUCUGCGGCUUUUGUCCAGGAUCUGGCUCGCCGGCGGAAAAAAGCUUCAACAGAGCAGAUGUCUUCAAGCGUCACUUGACUUCAGUACAUGGCGUGGAGCAAACACCGCCAAACUGCCGGAAGAAGAGCCCAGCUGCGUCUAACAAGGCUGCCACAGGAUAUCGCCACGAUGCGAUUGUCAAGUGCUCGACAUGCCCUGACACCUUCGAUAACGCUCAGGAAUUCUACGAACACUUGGACGACUGUGUUCUCCGAGUUGUGCAAAAGGAGCAACCUAGUGAGGCUGUCAACCAGAGAUGCCUGGCCGAAGUUGACUCGGAUGAGGAGGUGAAGAAAACCAUGGAGAAGCAUAAGCUGCUCGACACGGCUGGUACCGUUUAUCGAUACGAUGAUGAACUUGACGACGAUGAAGACGAUUCAAAUGAGGUUCUGUCUCUCCGGCGAUCCACCAACAGUGCUAUGAAAGCCAACAGAGGCAGCGCAAGUACUUCCGCCCGUGUGACACUGGGAAACAGCGCCGUUACCAAGCGCCCAAUCGCCUCCAAGCGACGGAACAACCGUGAUCGCUACCCCCAAUCCUGGGGUUGCCCCAGAAGCAACAUCAACAUCAGAAAGCGCGUUCUGUGUGUAUUUGAUGGCCCACGCCGUCUGUUGAAGGACGAAAUGAUGCUCAAAAACGAGCAUGAAGUCCGUGUAAAGCUUCCUGGCGGCACUGGUGACUGCACUAAUCGAGAGGCAUAUGUGACCGAUCUGGACGUCCAAACUUUGAAGCGCGCAGAAGGCAUCCUCAGUGCUACUGAUGAAGAACGGGGUCCUUGGCUAGAUGGGCCCUCUUCUCAGAUGAUUGGGCCACCGGCCAUGCCGAUGGCCAGUCUGUCCCAUCCUUAUGAAGGAGAGCCUCGUUUCUACCCGCUCACAUGGUCCCCCGCCUUCCGCCUCUAUCUGCCGCAACCUGAUUUCAACCUCGCAACAGAUUCAGAACCGGUCAUUAACAAGAUGCAAUUAGGUUUGUCAGAAAGUCUUCCGGCCCUCGUAUCCAAGCGCUUCACGGCGGCUAAAGGAUCUGGUCACCUUCUAUUCUCUCAGACACACCUGACCACCAUUCAGACUACAGGGAUACCGUAUCAACUUCGGUAUUGCCCUGCCCUUGCAAAUAAGCCAUCAGGGGCUCCAAACACUGGAAAGCCCACUACCAAACCCAAAUUCGACCCUUUCCAGGACCCGUCUCCAGAGCUCUUAAUCGCUCAGAUACCCCGAGAGAACCCAACCCAUAUACUAGUCCUCAACAAAUUCCCCGUAAUUCCCAAUCAUUUUAUCUUAGCUACAAAGGAAUGGAGACUUCAAACAGACAUCCUGGAGAGGGAGGACUUGGAUGCGGCUUAUUCUUGCCUCAAAGCAUGGAGUGAGGAGAACAAGGCAAACGGCGCAACCUCCAAGCGGCUUUUCGCCUUUUUCAACUCCGGCAACGAGAGCGGGGCGAGUCAGCCUCAUAGGCAUUUACAGUUCUUACCCGUCGAAGCCAUGUCCCAAAGUGACUCGGGGAGCUGGCAGCCCUUGAUUGAUGCAGUUUCAAGUCAGCCAACAUGCCCCGGUUCUAAAUUCUUGCGAUGGGGUCAGGUACCCUUCGCACAUUUUGCCCUUCCGUUGCCCCCGAACCCCUCUGCCGACAACCUACAUCACAUUUACCUGUCACUGUACAGAGCAGCGUUAGCAGCUGCACAAGGAAGCGUGGAAGGUUCCUCCCCGGCGACCAGUGGUCCAGCUGCUAUCAGCUACAAUCUAGCAAUGACGGAUUCAGUGAUGAUGAUCUGUCCGAGAAGAAAUGAAAGUGCUCAAAUCCCAGUUGAUAGUGCAACGUCAGCGGAGGUCUCCGGGGCUGGCAUCGUGGCCUUGAAUGGUACAAUCCUUGCUGGCACACUCAUGGUAAAAGCCGAGGCCGAAUGGGACGAGCUACGUCGUAACCCGGAUUCCCUUAAAGAUAUACUGACGACAAUUGGGUAUCCUCACCCAGAUACGCGCGCACUCUCCCUGCUUUGA